GCCAAAAGAAGUCGUCAUAAGGUUUUAGCAGAAACAUUAAAAGCCAACUGCAAAACUAAGGACUCCCUACACCGACCUUCUUCUCACAGAGAAACCCUGAAGAAUUGAAUUGAUGAUGAAAAACUUUGGUAGAUUUUUGUACCGAACAAUUCUGUAUAGCUGUGGCAAUGGCGGAUUGCUAUCGAAGCCCAACAACUCGCAAAAUGUUGCUCGGGGGUUAUACAUAUACCAUCAGCUUCUUUUCUCUUCUUCUUCAGCAGCGAAAACUUGUGAUUUCUCCGGUCUUACCUCGUUAAGGGCUUCUUUAGGCACCUCCUACUCCCAGAGGGAUAAUUUCCGAGGGCAGAGGAGGAGCAUGUUCAUCCAAACACAGUCGACUCCUAAUCCUGCAUCUCUCAUGUUCUAUCCUGGGAAGCCCUUAAUGGAUACAGGAAGUGCAGACUUUCCCAAUGCACGCGCUGCUAUGAGCUCGCCACUAGCAAAGAACCUGUUUGGAAUUGAUGGAAUUACCAGGGUCUUCUUUGGAACAGAUUUUGUAACCGUCACAAAAUCAGAGGACAGUUCAUGGGAUUUUCUGAAACCUGAAAUCUUUGCAGCAAUCAUGGAUUUCUAUUCCUCUGAGCAGCCAUUGUUCUUGGAUUCGAAUACUGCAGCUUCCAUGGACACAGCUAUUCACGAAGAUGAUUCAGAGACUGUUGCUAUGAUUAAAGAACUAUUAGAGACUCGUAUCCGUCCAGCAGUGCAAGAUGAUGGUGGAGACAUAGGAUUUGUCAGAUUUGAUCCUGACGCCGGAAUCGUGAAACUAAGAAUGCAAGGCGCCUGCAGUGGUUGCCCUAGCUCCUCCGUCACUCUGAAAUCAGGCAUUGAGAAUAUGCUAAUGCAUUAUGUACCUGAAGUCAAAGGUGUGGAACAAGAACUCGACGCUGAAGAUGGAGAUGCAGCGUUAACUGGAGCACCAUACGAGUAGAUGAGAGCUCGACUUCGUUGUGUGGAGUAGAACAGGUUUUGUAGAAAGGAUACAUGUUAUCUCGCACAGAGACAGUCAUAAAUAUGAAGGUUGGUUUAUGAAUAAAUCUGCAAGUUUUUAGAAACUAACCUGAAAAUCCUGUCUGUUUAUUAAUGGUUUCUUUAUCCUACUGCA